UUCUCCUUGCUCAAUUUCCCUUUCAUUUCCCGUGCCCAAUAAGGAACCAAACGAAGGCACAGAAUAUCAAAGGUGAAAGGAAAACAAGCAAGUAAGAAAGCGCCAAGUAAUCUGCAUUCGUGGCUAAGAGUCACCGCCUUAAGGCACCUAAAGCAUCUCACAGAUUCUCUCUCUUUCGCUUUACUCUUACAAAUAUAAACUCACAAAGUUCUAUCUCUACGCCAUCCCAAAUAAAUUUGCACUCCAAAUUUAGUCCUGCCAUUGAACCCUAAUCAACAGAGAAUUUGUGAUGGCUUCAAAGCGGAUUAACAAGGAAUUGAAGGACCUGCAGCGUGACCCUCCAGCUUCAUGCAGUGCUGGACCAGUUGCUGAUGACAUGUUCCACUGGCAAGCAACAAUCAUGGGUCCAGCUGAUAGCCCAUUUGCUGGUGGUGUGUUUCUUGUAUCAAUUCACUUUCCUCCUGAUUAUCCUUUCAAGCCACCCAAGGUUUCCUUCCGUACAAAGGUUUUCCAUCCCAACAUCAACAGUAAUGGAAGCAUUUGUCUUGACAUUCUCAAAGAGCAAUGGAGCCCUGCCCUUACUAUUUCCAAGGUUCUUUUGUCAAUCUGCUCUCUCCUGACUGAUCCCAACCCAGAUGAUCCAUUGGUGCCUGAGAUUGCUCACAUGUACAAGACGGACAGAGCCAAAUAUGAGACUACUGCUCGAUCCUGGACCCAGAAAUAUGCAAUGGGUUAGGGCUCCACACUUGCCUGAUGAGCGUAAUAUGCUUUGUCCUAUUAGUAAAUAAUGGAAACUUCUGGAGCAACGUUGUCUUUGUAUUCGAAUAUGAUAUUGGAGCUCUUUUCAUAGUGAGACAUCAUAUUGAAUAGUGGAAUAUUUAUGUGAAGUUUCAUGAAAAAAAGGUCUUUUCUUUUUCA